GUUCCUGACUUUGUUAACUUCACAUCUCGAUGCUAUUAACGACUCAGAUUGACUCAGAAAAUCGUUUGUGACGUGCAUACUACCAACGGAAAGCGCCGUCGAACCGCAAAAUUGAUGCUGACUGCGACAUGAUCGACCCACAUUCUACCACGCCCGCAUCCUGACGCGAAGACACCUUCAAUGUCACAGCAUGAGACCUGACUCUCGUCACUGAUAUGUCCACUUUGCCAGAAGAUCACGUCCUCAAACCCCUCGAUCCCGUUCCAGACGAUGUAAACGAGUGGCCUGAUUUCGCCUUGAGGGAUGCGAAAAUAUUUUACCAGGGGAAAGGACGAUAUGCGGACUUGUUACACGCCUCUGACGAGACACAACUUUGUGUUGUUGGGGAGCUGAUGCCGUUGGACGAUGAACAUGACCAUUUAGUCCUGAUUGAAAACCCGCUUCACGCGCGAAUAAAGAUUGAUAAUGUUACAAAUUAUAGCUUUGGGCAGGAUGAUGACGGCAAACCUGUCAUCUGGGCUGCGGGAAAAGCAGGCUGGUACGAAAUUUCGCCGUCUGAUCGUUACCUGAGCCAUUACAAUGAUACUGUCGAGGCCAUCGAUCUGUUUUACUUCAUGGUCGACCAGCAUCAACGGCUCCCUAAAACGCGACAACGCUUUGGCUUUAGGAUUGAUCCGUUCCUCAAAGACUACCAAAAGCACACGGGAUACAGAAUUGACGACGACGACGAGGCCAUGGAAACAAUACACAAACAUCACAGAUUCCUUCUCAAGCAGAUGAUUGAGGAAAGGGAAGGUAUAAAUUGGACUCAGACUUAUCUGUGGAAACAUCUCGCAGACACAUAUGCAGACGAGGUAGAAGAGUUGCAAGCAACAAUGUCUCGGCUUACUCAGUCCGUGGCAGUGGAAGAGCCAGAAACAGUCGGCGACGGUGAGGACGGUGAUGACGAAUCGGAGCACGAAUCUUCCGAGGCAGAAGAAUCCGAAUCAGAACAACGUUCUCAAGCAGAUUCCGAAGACUCCAGAAGCAGCACAUCGACAGAAGCAAAACCCGAACCUGUGGACUGGACGAAACCUAUUUGGGACAUGCUUAAUAUUCUACGGAAGUCGGCGAAUUUCAACAUGAGACAUUGCGGCAUUGACGAGGCUGCAACCGAACUUGAGAAACUUCCAGUAUUUGAAGGCACACAUGAGGACGCCGUGGCCGCCUUUGAACAUUCUGCAUCACAAUUGCUCAGACUCAUGGACGAAGCCAAACUCCGCAAAAAGUUCAAUUGGUCUACUCGCAGAAUCUAUGACGAGCUAGAAGCCACCCUUGCGGACGAGGUAGCUGAUGAAACCAUGAGGACGCCAGGCAAAUCAGCCAAACAGCGCCAUCGUAUGAAAUCUGUCCUCCGUCCCAGCGGCGCCAGCAAGGCGCACAAACGCGCAAGAGGUGUUCCCGACUCCGUAGAUGAAGACGAGGAAAUGAGUGAUGUCCCCAUCUCAACAUCGCCGAUGGCUAGGCGACAGGCACCCUUACUCCCUAGUCGCCUGCGAGAAACCACUGCAGACUCGGCAGGAAGUCGUGAGGACAGUCCUAGUCGUCAGCUAAAUGGUCACUACGAUCCAGAUGCGUUGCCCGAGCUCCCUCCCGGACCUGAAGCUCAGGAGAUGCUCGAUCUGGUAUCUCAGGAAGCCAAGCGAGUGGGGAGACAGUACCAGAUAGGACAUUUGCAGUCCUUCCUGGGACAAUGGGUGGCAUGACUGUACAUAAAACGGUGGUGUCCUGAGGGAGGUUGGUGUAGGGCCUCGUGGGUGCAUUCUGUAACUGUGAUACCCCCUUCUUGCAUUUUAGGAUGGUAAGGAAGACCAUGAAAACACCUUGUAGUUGUUUCGACUCUCGAGACCUUCGAAUGGACAUAUCAUUAUGGUUCGUGCUUCGAUGCGCGGUGUUGUAAUGGCAUUGCGUUAUUAUUAUCGUCCCGCGGC